AUGACUUGGCGGCGUUCUUUCAAAGACCGUCCUGCUGCGGUCGGCACUGUGUACGACCGGCAGACACAGCAGGUCUCAACUGCUGGCGGGAAGUAUAUCGGCGAGACAGGGGGCAAUUCUGCGGCAACGACAUACCAAGACGCAUCUGGCGCUCCAGUUGAGAACAACUCGCCGUUGGGAUACUCUGUCGGCCCCGUCACAAUUACCUUGCUGAACAUCACAAUGAUGAUCGGCGCUGGUAUCUACUCUACACCAUCAUCUAUCCUGUCCGGUACUGGCUCGGUCGGCGUCAGUCUCAUCUAUUGGACCCUCGGUUACUUGAUAUGUCUCACGUCUGGAGCUGUGUACCUUGAGUUUACGGCAUACUUCCCUAGUCGGUCGGGGUCAGAAGUCGUUUUCCUCGAACAAGCCUACCCUAAUCCAAAGUGGCUCUUUCCGACGACCUUUGCGGUCCAGAGCGUCAUUCUUUCGUUCGGAAGUGCCAAUGCUACAGUCAUGGCCAAGUAUCUUAUCGCCAUCUCUGGGCACACGGGCACUGACUGGCAAAUAAAAGGCACUGCUCUAGCCUGCUACAGUCUCGCUACGUUGACGCUGGUGUUCAACACGAAAUACGCAUAUUGGUUCUCAAAUGCUGUUGGGAUUGUGAAGAUUUGCACCCUUCUUUUCGUUAUAGUCACUGGCUUUGUUGUUUUAGGGGGCAAUACCAAGGUCGAGAACCCCAAGGCCAAUUUCCAAGACGCGUGGUCAGGUAGCUCUACAGCUUCCGCGUACGGAUUUACUACCGCACUGUACCGUAUCAUUUUCUCCUAUGGGGGUUAUAAUAACGCCUUCAAUGUUGCCAACGAGGUCAAGAAUCCCGUCAGAUCACUCAAAAUCUACGCCACCACUGCUCUUACGACAGUUUAUGCGUUAUACAUGUUCGCAAACAUCGCAUUCUUUGCUGCUGUUCCCAAGGAGGAGAUAGAGAACUCUGACCUAACGACUGCAAGUCUGUUCUUUGCGAAGGUCUUCGGCAAUAGCGGUGCAGUUCGCGGCCUCAACUUCCUCAUUGCCUUGGCUUCUUUCGGUAAUAUGAUCGCCGUGAUAAUUGGUCUAUCUCGACGGAUCAGAGAAUGCGGUCGACAGGGAGUUUUACCUUUCACGACGUUCUGGGUCUCGACUAAGCCCUUUGACACGACCUUAGGCCCGUAUGCCAUUAUUUGGUCUCUGACCGCGCUGAUGAUCCUAGCCGUCCCUGCUGGAGAUGCUUUCACUUUCGUCAAUGAUUUGCACAUCAUCCCUUCUGCUGCCUUUAACCUUGCAAUGGCUCUUGGUAUCUACGUUGUUCGCUGGCGCCGAAGUAAAGCGAACCUCCCCGAGCCCGAAUUCAAAGCCUGGAAUUUUGUGAUUCUGUUUAAUAUCCUCGUUCAGCUCUACCUCCUUGUCAUGCCCUGGUAUCCGCCAGCAGGUGGUCAGUAUGCUGGCGAUGUCAGCUUUUGGUAUGCAACGUAUGCCGUGACGGGAAUUGGAAUUCUUCUUGCCUGCGGCAUCUAUUACUAUGUUUGGGCCUUCCUUAUUCCCAAAUGGAGGGGCUACGAACUGCGACAGGAACUUUUGUACCUAGACGGUGGAGUUCAGAGCCACCGGCUCAAAAAGGUCCCUACCGCCGAGGUUGCAAAAUGGGAUGCGACGCAUGAUGUGGCUGGCCGUCUCAUCGAGUCGCCGGUUGAGAUUCAGGUCCAGGUGAAAGGCACCGAUAUGAUUUAG